UCGUUCCUCCCUCCCGUUAACAACAGAAGAGAACAGAACAGGCUCCCCUUCUUCCUCCCCACCCGUCUUCCCCGCCCCUCUUCCCUCCCCACCGCCGCCGCCAUGGCCGCCGCCCGCGUGUGCUGUACGUGCGGCGGCGCUAUCAGGGGCAGGAAGAAAGAGAGGUUCUUCGAGUGCCUUCGCUGCGCGAGGUGGCAGCACAACUACUGCGUCAUGAACUGGGAGUCAGCAGACCCCAAACUGUGCGAUAUUUGCGUCGACCGAGAGAAGCAGCAGCCUCACCAGUGGGUGCAGAAGGUCGCGAGCUUGGACUUCGAAAGGGCCUGCAGUCCCUACAGCUUCUGCUAUCUCUGCUGCAAGCACUUCUGCCCGCGCUGCUGCCCCGCCGUCCCACGCUGCCGCAGGCGUGAUCACGGCGAUCACCGCACGUUCAUAAUCCAGGUUAGACGGCGCGGGGGAGUGCUGUUCGUCAGAUUGGUGGACGUCAACGUCUUCUACGACUGCUCUCACAUCGAGCCGGAGAUCACACUCCCGGGUUGGGUGCGCCUGCAUCCCAAGCCGGAGCAGGAUGCCGGCGGCGGCGGCGGAGGACUGCCGUGCGGCUUCAGGAAAUGCAACCGUCGGAUAGCCCUGGACUAUGAUUUCUGCUCCAUCUACUGCCAGUUCGAAGAGGCAGCCCUUGAUCUGGUGAUGCCCCCUACUCGCCAAGAGGUCCUGAGACGUCAGGUCCAGAAGGAUCGUGUGCAGGGACUCCUGACGCUUGCGCGCUCAGGGACACCGAUCGUCAGUCUGGGACAUGGAUGGGACAAGUUCUGCCUCCUCUGCCACGCCGGAUUCAACCCUCAGGUGUGCCAUCACCACGACAAUGACGACACCAUCGAAAUCAUAGACACCCCAGAAGGCGGUCUUGCCGCACGCUUCCUGCAAACAGUCCAUGGGGACUGGCUUGCCUCCUUGAGCACCGUUCAGAGUUCUAGGGAGGAGAGAGAUUAUGGGUGGUUUUAUACUGAGGUGAUUGUGGAGGUGCCCUUGAUGAUGCAGUCGCACCCAGUUUCAGAGCUACGCCCGAAUUCUUGUGUGUGUGGUAGUGGCAUCGACAAGGACAUGGUGUACUGCUCAGUUCAGUGCAUGGUGGAGGACUUAUGAGGAGCUGACAAGACAUGAUCCGUUUUCCUAAUGCCAGUUCUUGUGGUCAAUUGCUUUUGUUCUUUCAUCUGUAAGAAACUGAAUGAUGUGUCUACUAGUGAGGUGAUACCUACAAACGUUGUGUAUACUGAUGACUUACCAGUUCCAGCAGGAUUAAUUUUUAGUUUCCCUGGAUGUACA